GCGAGCCAGCUGGCUGUGGGGUUUUCACGAGGCGCAGGGAGACAGACCGGGACAGCGGAGCUGAGGCGGCGGACAGCCAUUUUAGCGGUUUGCGCGAAGAAAUACCGUUUCGAGACCCGGAUUCCGACGGAAUCGCGUUGGUAGCUAUGGGACAGUGCGGCAUAACCUCGUCAAAAACGGUCCUGGUCUUCCUCAACCUAAUCUUCUGGGCGGCAGCAGGGAUUCUGUGCUACGUUGGCGCCUAUGUGUUCAUCACGUAUGACGACUAUGACCAUUUCUUCGAAGACGUGUACACGCUGAUUCCCGCUGUCGUCAUCAUCGCCGUGGGGACUCUUCUGUUCAUCAUCGGGCUGGUCGGAUGCUGUGCCACAAUAAGAGAGAGCCGCUGUGGGCUGGCGACUUUUGUGAUCAUCCUCUUGCUGGUUUUUGUAACUGAAGUAGUCGUGGUGGUUCUUGGAUAUAUUUACCGAGCAAAGGUGGAAGAUGAGGUGGACAGCUCCAUUCAGAAAGUGUACAAUGAAUACAAUGGCACAAACACAGAUGCUGCGAGCCGUGCUAUUGACUAUGUACAGAGACAGCUUCACUGCUGUGGAAUCCACAACUACUCUGACUGGAAGAACACACGGUGGUUUAAAGAAGCCAGGAACAACAGUGUACCGUUGAGCUGCUGCAAAUCCACCAUUAGCAAUUGCACAGGCACUCUGGCUCGUCCCGGAGACCUGUACCCAGAGGGAUGUGAAGCCCUUGUUGUGAAGAAGCUGAAGGAGAUUAUGAUGUAUGUCAUUUGGGCAGCACUGGCAUUUGCAGCAAUCCAGAUGCUGGGCAUGUUGUGUGCCUGCGUCGUGCUGUGCCGGAGGAGUCGGGACCCCGCCUACGAGCUGCUCAUCACCGGAGGCACCUAUGCGUGAGGAGGAGGGCUGACACGGGCUUGCCGUCCUGUCUGUGUGGGAAGGCUCGAGAGGGCAGGCGCUUGCUAGCUUUCUUCUCUUCUAGUGAGCUAAAGCACACCUUGCACAAUUCAGGAUUGCCUACGGUGUACACUGGUGAUGGGUACAGCUGCAAAUUAUUUAUUUCUGUGCUUGGAAGUUGGUACAGUAUUUUAAUUUAAACAUUUCUUUUAACAUGGUCUGAAACGCUAUUAGCCAAAAUACCAAACAACAAACACUAAAAAAAUGUCGGCUCUUUUGUCUGCCAGGUAAGAAAUUUGCUGCACAGUCCCUCCUUAGUGAACCUGCAGGGCAGUGGAAAUAAUAAGACGUCUGCUAAUCAAGCUAAAAAAAUACUCUGAAUUUUAUUUUUUGCUUGUUUGGCAGUUUGCACUAUAUGUAGGACUUUGCAAAUAUUUUAUAAAUAUUUAAUACUACAUGUAAAUACAAAAGAUGGGGAGCUCCCAUUUGUUUGUAGGGUGCCUGGUGUUACUGCAGUGUACAAUUCCUAACAGUCCCUGCCCAUCACCAGUCUGCAUUUCUUGAGUAUGCCUAAUUUCAGUGUAUCGUAAGGUCUGUAUGUAGAUAAAGGAUUGUAUAGAUUUGUUUCCAAUCUAGGAAAUCAAACUUUAAAUUGAUCAGUGAUUCAAGCUCUUGAAGUAAUCCUUCACCUAACAGUUUGAGAUGUCUCUAAAAAUUGGCUGUUUGGGAUUAAUCUAUAAAAACUACAUGUUCUGUACUAAAAAUGUUUAGUUUUGAUAGUCCAAUUUUUCUUUUGAAGUUGUGUGUGUGUGUGUGGGGUGUACUGUUAAGAAGUAGAUUUUAAAAUUGAUUUGAGACAAAAGUAGCUGUGUAGAAUAACACUAUCAUGUAAAACAGGAAAUAAAUGUAAAUAGGUUUCAAUGAAAUAAAUCUCUGUAAAUGAAAUACAAAAUAAGAACAAA